UACGAUUAUAAUCAAUAAUCACGCUUAUCACCGAAUUAUAUUACGUAAAUGUUAGAUUUGAAACUUUUCAUCCGACCGUCUCUUUUGAGGUUAGAGUUGGAGUUAUGUCAGAUUAAGUUAGGUUAGGUUAGGUUAGAUUAAAUUAGAUGGAGCGAGUUGGUAGCCAAGUCAAGAAUUAGGCCCGGAAACUGCCGGCUCCGAAACUGCGUUUGACGUGAGACGUCAUCGUCGUCGAAGACGUCAUCGAGGCAUACUUGACCUGAUAUUAGCCAUUGGUGGAUUUUACGAUUCCUGACAGGAUGAACAUUGGGGAAAUAGUGGAUUUCACGGAGCUUGACGCGGACACUCAAGAGCUGAUAAGGGAGAGCGCGGCGGCGCGUGAGAAAUCGUAUUCGCCUUACAGCAAAUUCAAGGUCGGUGCCGCGGUGCGAUGCGCCGAUGGAAGUAUUUCCCGGGGUUGCAACGUGGAGAAUGCGGCGUUCUCCGCGACCGUGUGCGCCGAGACCACGGCGAUCGUGCGAGCCGUUGCGGAGGGAAAGAAGAAAUUUACAUCGUUGACCGUGGUCGCCGAUCAAGAGAACAUAACGUUCACCACUCCGUGCGGAAUAUGCAGACAGGUCAUCUCCGAAUUCGGCGGUAACAUACCCAUCUACUUGGCGAGAAGCGACAUGAAACAAGUUUUACGGACUAGAAUGAGCGAACUAUUCCCGCUCUCGCCGUUCCGCACAAGUGAUACGGAAACUUCGUAAUCUAUCUCGAUUCGGAGAUGACGCUCGAUCACUGUAAAGGCUAUAACAAAAUGCGCUAAAUUUUUUCCAGUUUUACUUCUUAAUUCGAAUAUUUUUAUCCACAACUUGAUAUAUUGUAAAUUUUGUUAUAUAUGAUUAAUGUUGAAUUUUAUUUCGAUGGAAUUAAUCGAUGCGGAAGUAUUAUUUACAAUGACAUAUUUGUCAAUUGUUUAAAAUGUGAUAUACAAUGUGUAACAGUGAAACAAAAAUAUUAUAUAACAUUAUGUAUACUGUAAAGUUUAAAAAGAAAAAGUAAUUUGAUAAGAUUAUUAUUAAUUAACCAAAGUUUGUAACGUACAUACAUGAUACGCGCUAAUAUGUAUUUGCUAUACCUGCGAUCGUUACUUUAUUACAUAUAAAUCAUAUAAUAAUUAUUAUAUUAUAUAUAUAU